AUGGCUGACGUAGACCCGUUCGGCGCCCCUGCCGCCACUCCCGGCGGCCCCGCUCUGGGGAACGGGGUGGCCGGCGAAGAAGACCCGGCCGCGGCCUUCCUGGCGCAGCAGGAGAGCGAGAUCGCGGGCAUCGAGAACGACGAGGCCUUCGCCAUCCUGGACGGCGGCGCCCCUGGACCCCAGCCGCACGGCGAGCCGCCGGGGAGUCCGGAUGCUGUUGAUGGAGUGAUGAAUGGCGAGUACUACCAGGAGAGUAAUGGCCCAACAGACAGUUAUGCAGCUAUUUCACAAGUGGAUCGAUUGCAAUCAGAGCCUGAAAGUAUCCGUAAAUGGAGAGAAGAGCAAACGGAACGCUUGGAAGCCCUGGAUGCCAACUCUCGGAAGCAAGAAGCAGAGUGGAAAGAAAAGGCAAUAAAGGAGCUGGAAGAGUGGUAUGCGAGGCAGGAUGAGCAGCUACAGAAAACAAAAGCAAACAACAGGGUGGCAGAUGAAGCUUUCUACAAACAACCCUUCGCUGACGUGAUUGGUUAUGUCACAAACAUAAGCCAUCCUUGCUACAGCCUAGAACAGGCAGCAGAAGAAGCCUUUGUAAAUGACAUUGACGAGUCCUCCCCAGGCACUGAGUGGGAACGGGUGGCCCGGCUGUGUGACUUUAACCCUAAGUCCAGCAAGCAGGCCAAGGACGUCUCCCGCAUGCGCUCUGUCCUCAUCUCCCUCAAGCAGGCCCCCCUGGUGCACUGA